AUGGAUACUUCAAAAUCAAAAAAACGUUGUUACCCAACAGGUCUAGAAAUUUCUUUCAACGACGAACAACUUAACUCCGUUGUGGAACACUGGCCUCGCUUCAUCACACUUGAAGCAAAACUAUCGGAUCAAAAUUCAAAGCCUCUUACAAAAGUAUCGCCUUUUCUUAUACAAAAAGGUAUUCAAGGAAUUAUUGGUACGCCUAAAUCUGUAAAAAAGUUGAAGUCUGGUGCUCUUCUUAUUGAAGUCACCAAGAAACAACAUUCAAAUUCUUUGUUGGCUUUAAAAAUGUUGGCAGAUAUCCCUGUACUUGGAAAGGUUCAUAGCGGACUCAACCAGAGCAAAGGUAUUUUGUUUGACAGGGAUCACGACCUGGAUGGUAUUCCUGAACAGGAAAUCCAAUCUGAAUUGGAAUCCCAGGGAGUGAUCUCUGUAAGAAGAUUCACAAAAAAGCGUAAUGAUGUUGUUGAACCAACAAACACUUACCUUUUGACCUUUUGUAUGCCAACUCUCCCUACCAACAUCAAAGUUGGGCUGUACCUAAUGAAAAUUGAAACGUUUGUGCCCAAUCCUUUGCGAUGCUUUAAGUGUCAGCGAUUUGGGCAUGGGCAAAUGAAUUGUAAAGGAUCUGAAACAUGCUUCAGGUGUGGUGAGGAGGGGCAUGACGGCAAAACUUGUCAGAAUGACCCAAAGUGUAAAAAUUGCAAGGGGGAGCACAUGUCGUCUUCAAAACAAUGUCCGAUAUGGAAAAAGGAAAAAGAAAUACAAAAAGUUAAACCAGAGAAAAGAAUACCAUAUCCGGAAGCUAAAAAAUUAGUGAACAUGUACAGCGUUCCAAAACCAAAUAUGACGUAUGCAACUGUUGUUAAAUCAUCCUCUUUGAAGGAAGUGUCUACUCAGGUCUCUGAGAAAGAUUUUCUACAGCAGACCUCAUCAUCUGAAGCACCUUUGUCUUCUCAUGACAAAGGUAAAUCUACUUCAUCACCUGCUUCUGCAGGCCAUGCAGCUGUGGCUGCACCAAAAACUGCAGCUGCGGCUGCAUCAAAGCCUGAAUCUGCAGGAACAUCUAGAUCAUCCGGGAGACAAAACAGAUCUCCCCCAAAAAACAAUCAGAAGCAGUCGAGGGAUCGGUUGCCGAAAGGGGCAGACGACCUCGUCGCUCUCCACAAUAAAUUUGGGGUCCUAGAAGAAAUGGACGUUACACCAUGCCAUUCUUCCUCGCAGGCCGGAAGCGUGUCACCCAAUAAAAAUAAAGGAAGAAUAUCCCCCAUCUCCUAUAACAAGAAAUAA